AAUGGCAGUUCCGCAUUUAAAGAAAUUGACAAAUACAGUUGUCGAACGUCAGACCUCUGUAGAAUGCUAACUUUUCCCGUUGUGCCUUCUGAAAAGUCGAUGAUUUAUUUUCAUGAAUCAGACGAUAUGCUAAAUAUGCAAAGAUCUCGUCAAAUCGAAUUUCAUAUGCCCAAAUGGGAAAAUAGACAUCGGUUACAUCUUGAUGUGGAAAUAAGUGGAGUAGUCACAACCGAGCGGUCCAAACUGUUUGGAAUUGAGAGUCGUAAGUGUAGGUUUGGUGAAGAAACAACAUCGAGUCACAGUUAUCCAAACGGUGUGUACAAACAAAAUCUGUGUCUAAUGGAAUGCGCCGCUAAUGCAGCAGUUAAAUUGUGCGGAUGUCGACCAUUCUUUUACAAAUUGGGUUUGGGGCCAUUGUGCAACGUCACUGGAAUGAUUUGUUUAUCGAAAAAGAAUUGGACUGAAUAUCGAAUAAAAUGUUCAUGUUGGCCGCAAUGCAAUUCAGUUGAUUACUCAAUCAUUCCGACAGCUAAAUUCGACAUUCGACAAUCUGAUAUUUUCAUAAAUUCGAAAAUUAAAAAGACUCGAAUAAAACGAGACUUGAAAUUUGGCAUUCAUUUUCUGAUUGUAUCAUUCGGCGGAGCCGCGGCACUAUUUUCUGGUUGCAGUUUUAUAAGCGUUGCAGAACUCAUAUACUAUGCCGCAAGACACAUAAAUCAGAAAUAUUUUUAAAGGCCACAUAUAUACACGAUUUCGUUUUAUUGAUCAACGCACGCAAAGUUUGAUUUUCACCUUGGGGAUAAAUACAUACUCUUUUGAGUGAAUAUACGGACUUCAUUCCAAC